AUGUCUUCAUCACCAGUUAUCCUGAUCUUCGGCGUGGGGGCCAACACAGGCCUUGCCACCGCCACGAAGUUUGCAAAGGCGGGCUACAGGGUCGCGGGGGUCUCGCGCAACCCGUCGGCGGAGGUCAAGGCGGCCACAGACCUGAUCGUGCCUGCCGACCUGACAGACCCCAAGACAGUGGAGGCAGCCUUUGAAAAGGUAACCAAGGAGCUGGGCGCCCCCCACGUGGUCGUAUACAGCGCCGCCGAUGGGCAGAUGAACUCGGCCGUGGACCCCAUCACCGUCUCGUCGGCCCGCCUGACCGAGAUCCUGACGGUGAGCACCAUCUCGGCGUACGCGGCGGCACGGCUGGCCGUCAAGGGGUGGGCGACGCUCCCGGCGUCGGCGAAGAAGGCGUUCUUCUACGUGGGCAACAUGACCAACACGCAGAUCUUCCCGGAGGCGCACACUCUGGGCAUGGCCAAGAACGCGGCGGUGUACUUUAUCGAGACGUCGGCCGAGGCGUACAAGCGGGCCGGCAGGGACUACAAGUUCUACUUCGUCGACGAGAGGCUCGAGGACGGCGAGAGCGUCAUGAUGGAUAUCGACGGCGCGGCGCACGCGCUCGAGUUCUGGAAGCUGGCACACGAGGUCGAGGGCCAGAGCCACUGGUGCUGGACGUUCAUCAAGGGCGACGCUGCCAAGGGAGAGGCGGGCCGCUAUGUGGGCAACAAGCUGGUUGUGGACAGGGAGUAUCGGCUGGUUAGUGAUUUUGGCAUGCCUGACCUCACCGGCCUGCCUGAGGGUGGGCUGACCUACAGCGAACUGUUCAAGCAGAUGGGCUCUCCAGCCGAGUUCACCAUCAAGAAGUAG